AUGGAAAUGGAUACCGAAAGAUCAGAAAUAGCGGAAAACAUCGCACAGACUGGACACAAGAUCAAUCGGCAAGCCUCAUACGGUGAAAAUACAAAAAAAUGGACGAUUUUGGAGGCCAUUGACAUUCUUGAGGACAUAAAUCUAAUGAACAUGAAAAUGGAGGGAGGCAGAGUUAGCAAUAACUUUGCCUAUUGCCUAAGCAAAUGCGGAGAAAACAAGGAUACAAUCGGACAAGCAAAAAGGAGACGCCUGGAUCAAGGAUCUAACAUUAACCAGAGCAAAAGGGAUCGCAAAGAAGAAGAGGAUGAGGGCGUUUAG